GAGAGUGCAUGUGAUCAGCACUGUCCAGGCAGAGGGUCAGGGGUCCUGCAGCCUCAUGGGCAGGGGCGGACUAACCAGGGACGGACUGACAACUCAUGGGGCCCCCGGGCAAUAGGGGAUCAUUGGGCCCCUGUGUCCUUGCCCAAACUCAAAAAAGCCUAUGAAAAAGGUACCAGGGGCAUCUCAUGGGGCCCCCUACUGACCCAGGGCCCUCGGGCAGUGCCCGAGUUUCCAAAUGGUCAGUCCGCCCCUGGCCCCUGACUACCUGAAGCUAUACGCCAUUU